UUAGAUGGAUUACUGAGUUCUCUCUGACUAAAGCUGCUGAAGCAUUCCAAUGCAUUGAACAGUAUGCAGCUAAUCUAAUCAGCCAACCCUGGAGAACAGAGUAUAGAACUAUCAGACAGUUUAAUGGGUUCUACAUGCACAACAUCAAGAGUGUUCUCUCUGGUGCUGAGAAGCUGUUCUUUGACAUGGGAUAUGCAAGAGAUGAUUCAAAUCCAGAAAUAUUGAAACUAAAAACUGGAAGGUCUGGUGAACCUGCUGUAAACCUGGAUGCUGUAACACAAGUUGCCCGAGAUUGUCUGCUCGCAAGAAUGGAAGCCAUUAUUUUACAGGAGAUUUUCACCGGUGUGGUUCCUCAGUAUCCGAUAGGGUUAGAAGAACUUGUGGAGUUUCGAAGAGAUCAUAUUGGAACACCUGAAGAUGCGAUAAGGGAGCUGAUGUAUCGGCGGAACCAGAGUAGGUUCCAGUUUCCUGGCACCCAACCUUUUAACGGUCUACAACAGAACUAUGCUCCCUUCAUGGCUCCACUGCCUGGUUUCAAUGGGUUUACCUCUCCCAACAAUCCGUUCCCAGCCACCAGCCCACUGUUUCCAGGGGGACCUGGAGCAUUCAACCCAGGAUCCAUCUCCGCCUUCUCAAACCCUUACCAGACAGGGUUCAUGGCUGCACAGUAUCCCGGAGUACAUCUUCAGAAUCCACAGAUGAAUGGAGGAUUACAAGCAGUUCCUGCAUUCCUUCCUAACGGAACACCGCUAAACGGAACCCACGGGAACGGUUCCAUGAUGCCCCACGGUGUUCCUGUAAGUAGUGUUCCUGCAGGACUAAUGUGCAGCGUUCCUGGAAGCCUGGGUUCUCAAGGAACGGGUUUAGGUUCUCCGGCGGGUAGUUCUACAUCUACCCUGAGACAGGGUCAGAUACCAACAACCAUCCUGGAUCUAACAGGAGAUGACACGAGGAUGGUGGAGGGUGGAGGAGCCCGUCCUAGAGAUAAAUCUGAGCGUGGUGUCAAGCCGAGGUACAACGAGACCAAGACUGACCGAUCUCGGCCUGUGAAGGAGCGAGGCCGCGGGAGCCGGGGGAGUAGGAGUGGAGAGCAGGGGGACAGCUGGGAUUAUGUCUACAAGGAGCUUGAACAGCAAGGGUACAGCAAGGACCAGGCUGAGAGACCAGAUAUAUUAGCUAACAACAGGCAAUCCUAUCUGGGAGGAGAGGAACUACUGACAAGUGAUGAAGAUAUUCGUAGAAACUUUAAUCAGCUUCAGCUCAGAGAUACAGAUACAAGGGAUAUGACUAGAGGAGGAGGAGGAGGAGGAGAAGGAGAAGGACGAGGACGGGAUAAAUCUAGGACUAGGAACAGUAGAGAGUAUAUACCUAGAGAAUUAACGAGUGAGAGUGAACAGGAUGUUUCAAGAUACAGUUCUGCUAACAGCAAGAACACAGAAAAUAAUUACAGGUCACAGGUUCAAGAGAGACCACAGAGAACUAACAGAGGAAACAAUCAGCAAUCUCAGGGAGCGCAGAGACCAAGGAAACUAGAAUCAGAUGAAUGGGAGUGUGGUGCUUGUACCUUCCAUAAUCCAACCUCUGUGAAUAUAUGUGAGAUGUGCAGCAAAACAAAAGAUAAAUCUUACAAAACAACUCUAAUGGACGGAAUAGAUAAACGUGUAACUGAGGAUGGUGCUAAGAGUAUACAGUGCGGUCGUUGCACCCUACUCAACCCUCCAAAUACAAAGGUGUGUGAGGCGUGUGGUGCAAGCCUAGGAUUAACUCCACCAGUUUAAAACUCCGGAAUAUUAGAAUUUAUCCUCCGUGGAAACUUUUAUUAGUCUCGUAUUGAGCAUCCAUCCACGA